GUUCCCGAUUCUCAAACAAAAAAAAGAGUUCUCCCUGCUCCUCGGCUCCUCCCCCUCUCCUCCUCCCCAGUUACGGCGAGAUGACAUUCCAAAGGAAAAACCCCGGCGACAGAAGGCCAUCCGGCCGGUUCGCCGUCGGCGGCAAGCGCAACUUUUCGCCCGAGUACCCCUGCGUGUCGCGGUUUCGGGAGCGGAGGCUCCUCGUCUUCCUCGUCCACAAAAUCUCCACAAUACCUACGAAGCGCUCCUCGGCGAGACGGACGUGUUCAUGUCCGAGUUUCAUCUGAUCGGCCUGGUGCGGCGCGGCCACUGGAGCGAUGGCAUCAAGUACCUCUCCCGCUUCCUGCCGUCCGAGCGUCUCCUCGGCGUCCACGGCCGCGCCCUCUUCCACUUCCUCCGCGUGUACCAGGCCAUCGACUACAUCUUCUGCGGCGCAAGGGAGGCCGUCGCCGUGGCUGCGGCCGUCAGCGUGUGCCGGGAACGGCUCGGCACUACCAGCAGCCAUGGCCUCAGCAAACUCUGUGGCAUCCUCUCGUCCCUCCUCGAGUCCAAGAGACUAAGGGACUCUAUGAACAUAUUGAGUGUGAGGCACCAGGCGUUCUUGGUUAUCAUUGAUUUGGUUAGACAGACUCCAGAGUUGAAAGAUUGUAGGCGACGCAAGUGCGGUGGGUCGAUGAAUCCCCAGAACGUACUUCCCCUCGGCUUUGGGCAUGCUAGUUUCCGUCCGAGGCGCCACGUGAAGAAAGGAGGCGCACGGGUCCCGGCAUCUUUGGUUGCCGGGCUAUAUCUUCAGAAGAAGAAGAUGCUGCCUUCUUCAACUCCAAGUGAUCACUCUCAGGGGUUAACUCGUGAAUCGUUAAUUAAGGCAAAGGAAUGGCUGGUGGAUCUUGUUGAUAGAAGUCUGGAAGCUGGUAGGCCGCGUCAAGGGGAACCAUUUCACUCGGCCUGUAAUGAAGGUGCCCCUGUUACUCCAGCCCCGCAGACUGUUUUUGGUACCUUCAGAAGGCCGGCUAGAAAUUCUUAUCUCUCUACUCUUGGUUUAAAAAAAGAGGCCAGGGAAUGGAUGCUUUAUCUUUCUGAUGAGUGUCUGGAAGCCUGGCCACAAGUUCCAUAUUUCGAUGACCCGGGUGCUUUUGCUCCUGGAAUCUCAGAGAUUAUGCCUGAUACCUCAAAGAAGCCAGCGGAAAAUUUAGCCAGAUCAUGAGUCACAAAACAGAAAGAAACAAGACGUAGAAAACUUGAAAUUGGGGUACGCAUGAUCAAGCAGGUGGUGACUGAAGCUUUUGCGAGAGGACAUGGCUGGGCCCCCGUUGGACGACGGAUUACUGCUUAAGUCUGCUCGUAGAUGCCGUGUUCUCAAAAAAAAACGCUGUGUUUUUUUUGUACCUCUGGGUUUGCUUGGCACGGCUGCUAUGUUCUGUUACAUGCGGUCUAACUGUCGAGACCUGUCUUUUUUUUUCCUUUUCUGCAUUUCGUUUUAAAGACUCGUGUAUUUAGAACUGUUGGUGGUUUCUAUAAUACGGAGUAGAAAUAGAUGGCGGGAGCCCAUUGUUUCAAAAAAAAGGAGAAAUUUUAAUCAAGGGUGCUAAUUGCUCUGCUCUUGUGGUA